GAGAGCAAAGCAGGACGGGAGGAAAAUGUUGCGGGUCUCUAGCGCCGGGACCGGCUGAGCGGCUCAGCCUGAUCGAUAACUGGGACUGCGCGAUAAACGCGACUCCAAUUGAGCAGCUUGCGACCGAGCAGACAUCUGAGUUCUCCGUGGUGUGCCAGCCCUCUGUGGUCUCUCCAUGCCUCCUUCUCCUCUAGACGACAGAAUUGUGGUGGCGCUGCCAAGGCCUAUACGACCUCAGGAACUCCGACUCCGCCUGGACACCAGCUACCUGGAAGCCACCGUGGGCACCGUCGGUCAGUCGACGGUCAUCAGCAGCACCACCGUGGUGAAGAUCCAGGCGACCAAGCUUUCGUAUAUGCCCUCGUCCAGCGGCUCCACGCGCUCGCUGACGUGUGGAUGCAGCAGUGCCAGCUGUUGCACGGUGACCACCUACGAGAAGGACGGCCAGGUCAGCGCCAGCAGCCCCAACUUGAACUCCGGAGUGGGCUAUGGCGUCCCGACGGUGGGCCACGGCGAGGCCUACAGCGCGCCCAGUCUCACCUCCAGCCUGACCAGGGGCGGCAUGCGGGUCAUCCACCCCAAUGAGCUGGCCAAAAAGCUGACGCAUUGCCCCCUGGGCCACCCGGUCGGGCCGGUGCCCGUCAUCAUCGACUGUCGACCCUUCAUGGAGUUUAACAAGAGCCACAUCCGGGGCGCCGUGCACAUCAACUGCUCGGACAAGAUCAGUCGCCGACGGCUCCAGCAGGGCAAGAUCACCGUCCUGGACCUCAUCUCCUGCCGGCAGAGCAAGGACUCCUUCAAGGGGAUUUUUUCCAAAGAGCUGGUGGUGUACGACGAAAGCACGGUGGACCCGGGCCGCUUGACGCCGUCUCAGCCUCUGCAAGUGGUUCUGGAGUCGCUGCGGAGGGAAGGAAAGGACCCCAUCGUUCUGAAAGGAGGCCUCACCGGUUUCCGACAGAGCCACGGUGAUCUGUGCGAGCACUCUCUUCACCUGGAGGAAGGACAGGACGGCAGUACCGCGGUGGGCCUGUCGGGGGCGCUACCUCAUUCCCUGCCCUCCACACCGGACAUCGAGAACGCAGAGCUGACGGCCAUCCUCCCCUUCCUGUUCCUGGGCAACGAACGGGACGCUCAGGACCUGCAGCUCAUGCAGCGGAUGGACAUCGGCUUCAUCCUGAACGUCACCACGCACCUGCCGCUCUACCACUACGAGCUCGGCCUGUUCAAGUACAAGCGCUUACCCGCCAGCGACAGCAACAAGCAGAACCUGCGGCAGUACUUCGAGGAGGCCUUCGAGUUCACAGAGGAGGCGCAGCAGGCCGGCCGGGGGCUUCUCAUUCACUGCCAGGCCGGCGUGUCUCGCUCCGCCACCAUCGUCAUCGCCUACCUGAUGAAACACACCUGGAUGACCAUGACAGACGCAUACAAGUUCGUCAAGUCCCGGCGGCCCAUCAUCUCGCCCAACCUCAACUUCAUGGGCCAGCUUCUAGAGUUCGAAGAGGACCUGAACAACGGCAUUACUCCGCGCAUACUCACGCCCAAACUCACCGGCCUCGAGACCGUCGUAUAGCACCUCCUUUCCAGACGGAAUAUCCUUGAUUUUUAGAUGAGGAAACCGAAGCGUUUUUUGCUGUCCCGUCCCGUCAGUGUUCAGCCAAACACUGUGCUGCGGUCAUGCGACGGCUCUUGGCCGCUGGUGCUGGCUAAAGCCCCCAGAGGAGGCUGGAUUUUCGCCUUUCUGAAAAACUGAAGGCUUGUUUCAUCGUUCUUACUCUAUUUUUAUACCUAAGGUGGCUUCACUGUGCAAUAAUGUCUGUGUGGAAAGCAGCCGAGUGCGUGAUGUGUUUAUAACGAGCGCGAGACUUUCGGCCCACCUGCUUAGUCCUGUGCUUUUGUGUUUUUCUUCCAUUUAGGCACUGAUUUAUGACUUUUAAAACCAGCUUUAUACAUGUUCGGAGGCUUGUUUGUGUAU